AGAGCGAGGCUGACUUCUGUGUAUUUGACAUUAGCUCAAAUGGGAGGCUAACAGCAGCGGAGAACUUUCUGCUUGUACUUCAGUCAAAGUCGAGCCGCGGAUAUCUGAAGUCAUGGAAAACCAAGUCAAAUAGCAGCUCGCACAUUUUUAUCGACACCACAGCGGGGCUGCAGCAGGUGGAAGCAGCCGCCGCCGAGGAGAUGGCCAGCUUGAACUGGAAGCCGUUCAUCUACGGCGGGAUGGCCUCGAUUGUCGCAGAAUUCGGGACGUUUCCCAUCGACCUGACUAAGACCCGGCUACAGGUCCAGGGUCAGUCCCAGUACACGGAGGUGCGCUACAGGGGCAUGUUCCACGCUCUGUUCAGGAUCGGCAAGGAGGAGGGCAUCCGGGCGCUCUACUCUGGGAUUUCUCCGGCCCUGCUGAGACAAGCAUCUUACGGGACAAUCAAGAUAGGAACCUACAACUCUCUGAAGAGGCUGUUUGUCACUCGUCCUGAAGACGAGACGAUGGUCAUCAACGUCUUCUGUGGUGUCGUGUCAGGAGUCCUGUCCUCGUCUCUGGCCAACCCCACCGACGUCCUCAAGAUCAGGAUGCAGGCGCAGGGCAGUCUGCUUCAAGGCAGUAUGAUGUCCAACUUCAUCAACAUCUACCAGACCGAGGGCACCAAAGGGCUGUGGAGAGGUGUCAUCCCCACAGCGCAGCGAGCCGCCAUUGUUGUCGGGGUGGAACUUCCUGUCUAUGACAUAACAAAGAAGCACCUCCUUCGCUCUGGAGUCAUGGGCGACACCAUUUUGACACAUUUCAUCUCAAGUUUCACGUGUGGCCUGGCCGGGGCGCUGGCCUCCAACCCCGUAGACGUGGUCCGGACCCGGAUGAUGAACCAGCGAGUGUUGACAGGAGGCCCCAUGUACAAAGGAACAGUGGACGGAGUGAUGCAGACGUGGAAGAACGAGGGCUUCUUUGCUCUCUACAAGGGAUUCUGGCCCAACUGGCUGCGACUCGGGCCGUGGAACAUCAUCUUCUUCAUCACCUUCGAGCAGCUGAAGAAACUCCCGUUUUAACAGCAGCAGGAAGUGCGACUUCCCUCGGACUGUGUCGGGCAGAUAAGAGGAGUGUGAGCACGGCAGCACCUGGAGUUUCAGCACCAGUAUAUUCACGCUCCUUCAGAUUCAUACCAAUGAUACGCUCCGGUAUCAGUCACCUUCUCACUCUCAUCCAGAUCUUAUGUUGACUUCUCUUUUUAUUGCAAAGUGUUUUAUUUACUGUUGCUGUUUUUAGGAUGAUUAUUCUCACUCUCAACCACCUUCGACACUCCGCAGGCAGCUAAAUGUUCAGUUGUAGCAGAAGACUGAAAGUUUGGAAGGUUUUAUUUCCUCGAGCUGACAAGUAAGACAGAUUUUACUUUGUUUUAAAUGACGAACACUCCAAUUGUUGCUCAGGAAAAACAUGGGAAAUUGAUUCAUUACAAGCCAGUGCGUUACAGAAAGUCUGUUCAGGUCUGCGUGGAUACACAGUUUGAGGAAGUUUGAUUUUAAAUUGAAUGACGUGUAGAAAUCCUGUUUUUCUGUGUUGGCGCUGCAUGAAACUCUGCUCUGGAAAUGUAAUGGUUGAAUGUUGAGGAAUUGCUCGUCAGACUAGAGAGUGACUGUUACAGUUCGUUACUGUACGGAGAGAGAACGACACGCCCCUGCUGAGGCAGUUAGCCCAUUUAGCAGUUCAGCUAAUGAGCUGCUCUGCGACCUUGUUGUGGCACUAUGAGAAGAAUGGGAUGGCUAGCUGGUUAGCAUGCUAACUUGAGUAGAGAUCUCUGCAGCGCAGUACACACAGAUCAGCGUCUUAUACACGUGUAUCUCUUCAUCUUUCAUCAUUUCUGAAUCAUUUCUUACUUGUUGCACCUUGAAGUGGGUCAGUUGCCAGAAAAUCACUCAACACAUAAACACGUUUUUGUUUUUUUUAACUAUUUAUUGUUUUUAGUUUGUUGUGGAAAAUCACAUGUAACAUGUUGGAACACAAACUCUGAACAUCUGAUCGUAAAGAGCCACUGAAGUUUUAUUAGAAACGAUCAGAGAUCUGAACCAAAGCCUCGUCUGACAAACCACAAAACAAACUUUGUUUUUCUCGUCUUCAUUUGUUUUGUUUUUAAGGAAAUAUUCACUUCAGCUCAGUCACUCCUGGUGAAGCAGUUUUUUGUUCUUCAUUUUUGCUGUAGAGACAUUUUAUAGAAGUAUAUAGAGUCAUUAUCAAUUAGUUCAGGUGUUCAUUUGAGGCCUUGUCCGCUGCUUUUACUGUUGCAUCCCUCGUUUGAGGGGAAGUCGUGGCAUGUGGAGAAAAGUGGCAGCUGAUGUGGAGACGAGGGCCUUUGUGCCAAAUUAGUUUUUCUACUGGGUGAAAUUUAUUUGCAGAUCAUUCUGACGGAGGUUCAGUUUCACAGCUGCUGUGAGUCUGAACGUCGUGUUUGAAUUCUCCACCAAAGCUCCUCCUGCUUUAAACACACCAAAAUGCAUCAUGUAUUAUUAUUAUUAUUAUUAUUAUUAUUAUGUAUAAAUCAUGAACGAUCUCUUCACACCUGCUUCAGAUUAUGUGCAAAUGAUAAUUUUCCCUCGUUGGAGCAGCUUCCUCACCAGGUGAACUCACUCCUGCAUCCACCUGCGUGUGUUGAUGUUGGAUAUUAUAUUUUAUCAGUAUUUUAAUAGUUAUUAGUUUAAUUUACCCAACGCUUCACGUUUAAGCCCUGUAUUAAGGUCCUUGUAGUGAGUGUUAUGUGUCAUGAGGCCCUAACGAGUCCUAUAGAAGCAUCUUUUAUUAAUCUUAAUAAAGCAACGAAGCUUCAUUAAGGUUUGAUAAGUGCGUCUCUUUAAGGACAUUUCUGUAACUUUGAUUAACCCUCCUGAGCACUUUAUAAGCUGUUGAGUUUCAUGUUAGUGUUUAUGAAAGUGUCCUGCUGUUACAUCAACACCUACAUGUUCUGAUUAACGUUAACAGGGCAGCCGGGCUCAUUAACUCGAACUACAGCGACCUUAAUAUAGAGCUUCUACUUCGUUUGGCUUGAUUGCUUCUGGUUUCUCGUCCCGUCAGCGACUUUCUCUUCAGCUUUGUAGCGCGUCGGCGUCACAGAACGGUCUGAAGACUGAAACGAGUCGUCUUCCGUUGUGGUGACACAAACCUGCUGGACUCUUGAAUACGCACAUUUAAACUAUUUAAUCAUUUGAAGCUUCACCAGCACUUGUACAUAUAAACUGCUGGUCCCAGGUCUGUACUGUAGUCUGCUUUUUAUUUGAGACUGUAAACCAGCUGGACUUUAUCUUGGUCAUAUGUUCAGUCUGUUUCACCUGCUUCUCAUGAUUUAAACCACUCAUGCUGGUCUUUUUGCCCUGAAGUGAAUCAGUUCAGCUGAUCUCACAACAUUGUUUUAACAUUGAUCCUGACGGCAGAAUCAGAAUCAGACUGAACUGAAUCUCUGACGGGAGGUAAAAUCUGCGUCAGUAAGAAGUUUGUUUGUCCUUGUCUUGAGCUGUUUCCACCUCUGAUGUUCUUGCAGCCGUGUGCAGCCGCUCCAGUUAGUUUCACAGUGUUGGAUUAGAGUGUGUUGAGGCCAGAGGUCUUCACAGGUCCUGAUCCGAAAAAGCACAAGAACUGAACCGGACCCAACGAUUGGCACCGAUUUCACAGCUGGUCCAUCUUAAUUGUCAGUGCACCUCUGAGUGACAGUGGAGGUCUUUGGAUGUGGGUUGAGGUAUUAAUGCAGCGUGUGAUGCCGACAGCAAAACAUAUUUUAGAAGGAACAGCUGAACAUGAAACUGUCGUGAUGUGUGCGCUACGUUUGGAACAUUUUGGAACGACAUUCCCUCGACUGCACCGUGUCCACUUUCCUGCACACAAGCUCAGCUGAUCUGCACUGUGUUACAGCUCAGAUCAGCUGUUGGGCUGAACCUCCAGCUGCUGUCUGACAGCGAUGUAUAAAACAUCAAAUGUUCACGCUGCAGCCAACAACAAGGGAAGAGUCGCCAGUGUAAAUGUCACAGCAUGGAGACGUGAGACUGAGUGGAAGUCUUUAACCCUGGUGUGUGUAUCAGAGUGAAUAUUAGAUGAUAAUAAUGAUGAUGAUAAUGAUAAUAAUGAAUAUUGAAGUCUGGUUCCUCGGGUUGUCUCGACCUGUGAAGACUCUGACUCUUACACUCUUACUCUUACAUGAGUGUGUUGAAGGGUGGAGCUGGUUUGAGAGGCUGCGUGUCCUGAGUGAGUGUGUUUGUAUUUCUGACAGAUUUCUGCCUUUCUGUGAUUUAAACUCGGUCCUGAGAGCUGCUCUGUUACAGUUUACGCCUCCAUCACCUCGUCACCACACAGUCUGUGGGGUUCGUUUCUCUUUAGUUUCUGUCGACAGGAUACGUUUGUCAUCGUCAACAAACCAGUUUCAAAUCAUUUCAGUGCAUUUGUGAGGACGUGUUUGUUACCUCUUCUUUCCUGAGCCAUUUAAAUGUCUGCUCACAGUUACACAAAGUACUCGAGUACAGCAGUAAGUUUCCCAGCAUCAACAGGAACAAUUCAUCUGUCAAACAUUUACUUCUGUAAACUUGUGCAGACAGACUCUAAUCUGCAGAGUGCAGAGUAAUCUGAGGUCCAGACCAACACGGACACUUCUGAAAACUGGUUUUAGGUUUUCGUCCACACUGAGGUGACAAAACUUUAACCUGCUGACGUCAGUUCACGUUUAUUUUCACUGUCGAUUAAUCUGAUUCAUUUUCUGGAUUGGUGGUUUAGUUGUUUUCUAAAAACUGUCAUAGAAAGAAACCAGAAAAUAUCCACAAGUAACAAGCUGACGUCAGAUUGUUGCAAAUGAUAAAAACUCUGAUUCCACCUUCUGGAAUAUAAAUCUGUACUGAUUUCUGUUUUUCUCAUCACAGAAAGUGGAAUAUUUACAUAUUUGAUCUGAGGACAUCGAGGUUCUGUGAAGUUCUGAUAGAACUUUGUCAGAGAAACAGUCGAUGUGAACUGAAGCCUGACUGACACGUCAACAGUGUUUUCAGUUGGAUCAUGAAGAUUUUGUCUGUUUUAUAAAGUUUUCACAUAAGUUACACUGGAAUGUGAAAUUUGAAGGGAUUUUGAUUUGGACCCGUCAGCAUGUUCAGCUGUAGUUACUGAAGCUGAUUGGUAAAGUUUCCUUCGUGCAUCCAGCAGCUUGUUUUGUGUUUUUUGCACGUGAGGUGAAUGUAAAUGAUAUCGUGACACUGAUGAACUGUGUCAACAACACGACGAGAGGCAGCAUCAUGUUUUCAUGCUCAAUAUUUUGGGUGAACUGACCCUUUAACGUGCCGGGCGGCUGCAGAGUGAUGCUCGCUGAAAAUGAUCCGACUUUUGUUCUUCGUUUCUUUUUUAAAUAAUCGUGUCGUUCAGGCUGUUUUCACUUCCUGUUGACGUCCUCUGUGAUUGUUUUGUAAAAAAAUUUAUUCUGUCAAAAUUAUUUUAAACCAUUUUGGGGAAUUUUAUGUUUUAAAGCUUUUCUGAGUUUUGUAAAAAUGUUAAAGAUUUCUGUUUUUUAUGUUGAUCGGACUCGACUGCAGAAUUAUUAAUCUAUUUAUUCAUCUGAUGCUUUGCUCCAUUCCUGCUGACGUUUCUUUACAAAGAUCAUUUUAUUUUGUGUUUUAAUCUGAACUAAGAGUCUGAAGUGUGUUGACCAAAUAUAUUUAAUUCAACCAGAGAGAAUUAAUAAACUUCCUCCCACAAGUGAAUCCACAAAUCGAGAUGAUUCUAUUGGAAUUAAUUUAAAUUACCACAAAAACUAGUUUUACCAGGAAUCCUGCGUCCAUGAUGUUGUUGUUGAUGACAUCCAGCCACUAGAUGAGUCGCUCCAGUCGUCACUGGUCGACUGCCUAACGAUGCUAACAUUAAUUAGCCAACAUUAGCACAGCCAUUUAAAAGAUAUAAUCCACAAACUGACAACUCGAGAGUGUAAACACAGAUUUUUUUUUUAUUCUGUUGGCUGACUGACACUGUUAGAAGCUCGACACAACAAUCAGUUUCAGAUUAUUAAUUCGCAAUCAUGAUGUUUUAAGGUGAAGACAGAUUUUAUUCUGCACCUUUCAAUAAAAUCUGUUAUUUUAAAACAUGAUUUAUUCAAAAAAUGUUAUCGAUACGACCUGGUUGGUGGUUAAUCUGACUCCUUCAUUCAUGACAGAAUAACGUUGCGUCAGUGUCCGCUGCCUCCUCUCGCUGUGACCUCUGACCUCGUUUUUAUUGUGAUAAAAGAGUUUGUGAUCAACAGGAGUCAGAAAGUAUUUUCCUCCUGACGACAGGAGAUGUGAUCAGGUUUCAUCUUUUCAGUCACCACACUGUUCCAUGUGUCAGAGAAACAGACAGGUGAGGCGCCUCCUUGCAGUCUGCUUUUCUACAUGUUUUGUUUUUUGCUGUUUUCUUCGGCUCCACUUCCUGUUUCACAUUAAACCAAACGGAAACACUGAUCGGAUUCAGAAGAUGUCGCCCACUGAUUUGUAUUCCAGUUAGCAUCAUUCCUCCUGAUCACAGAAACCUCUGCACACUUUGAUUUACCGGUUCGAUCGCUCAGUGACUCUUACAUGGAUUCAUCUAAAGGCCAAAGUUUUUCCCUCCUCUGGUUUUAAACUCCGUUGAGUGUGUAAACUGAAAACAGCUGAAGCAUCAUGGCGGCCGUCUGACAGGAGAAGAAAAGCUAGGAAUAUUUUUGUAAAUUUCUCUUCACUUCCUCUCAUCAUUUGCACUCUGCUGUGUCCCUGCUGUCUAUAACCUUUACGCUUGUUCACUUGAUACAUUUCUAUGGUGGAAGUUUUGAGAAUGUUUAGUUUUUCCUUUGACAGAAUGGGUUUGGCUUUCUAUAAAUUCAGUGUUCACUCAAAUAAAAUAUAUGCUGUGAUUGUU